ACGCGGCUCCAUAUUAAGGGAGCCAUUAGAAAAUGGGAAUGAGAAAAAGCCUAAUUACCAAGUAAAAGGAUAAACCAACUGGAUUGGAACCUAAGGAACCUAAAUGCCUCGCACUGCGUUUGUUCUGGGGAAUCCUUUGGUUAUGCAGAAGUAGGCAAGUAUGGCAACGGAGGAUGAGACGGGUAAUCAUGAAGACGAGGGAGGACCAGGCUUAGGAGGCAGUGCUGAGCAAAGCACGGAAUCAGCAAAUCCGGAUGGCACGAAAGGGAACCGGAAGGAAAUGUCCUCCGGAGAGAGCUUGGAAAAAGCCGGGGGAAGCAGACGGGGGACCCAGAAAAACAAGGAAGGCAGGAAUAAGGAUAGGGGGAGCCCCGGGAACUCGGAGGGAGCUGUGUCUAAGAAAGUAAGGGUCACGAACGCGAGGCACAAACUAGCAGAAUUAGAUAAAAGGACCGCGGAAUACAAGGCAAGGUUAAUUGAGGCAAUGAUGAUUGAGAACGAGGAUGACUCUCUGCAGGAGGUACCUCGAGACGAACGAAAAACCAGUCGGGCCGGAACUGGGCAAGGGGACAAGGGUAGUGACCAUGGGGGAACGCCGAGCAAAAGAAGGAAAGAGAGAGAGAACUCGCCGGGAAUGGAGGCAGAGAAGGUGACGAACCCCUUAGCCACAGACAGUAGGGCUAGCCGUCUGCCGACCUCGCCAGCAGCAUCGCGAGGAUGCGAAGGGCUCUGGAGCCUCAGAGAAAGGGUGUUGGGUUGGUUCGACCCGGAAGGAACGGCAAAGACUAAUGGGGGGCAGAAAGCCAGCAAGGAAGGGCCAGAUACCAGCAUGGCAGGCGAGGCCAGCAGCUCCGAAGGCGGCCUUAGGAAGAUAGUAUCAUCCCUCACACGAGCACUGAACAAGAACCAAGGCUAUCUGGUAGACGCCAAGAAAAAACUGACUUUCGAUGGAGCAAACAUCACGGAGUUCCUGAUCAACUACGAGAAUCUAGCUGCGUUACUAAAGUGGACCGAGGAAGAAAAAAUGGACCAUCUAGGACAGCAUGUGUCGUUAAGCCUAGGACGGGACAUUAAUGGCCAUUGUAGUCGCAAGCCGGUCUUGGAAGGAGACCCGGGAUGUGAUGAUGAGGAAGUACCUAGUGGCAGAGAAAAUGGCAACGGAGGCCGACCUAGCGGCAGUUAAGAGGAAGAACUUCGCAACGUACAAUGAUUUCCUACGGGAAUUUACUCUAGUAGCACUAAGGAUCUU